GAAGAACCCAAUUGACCUGAUUGGUUAGUGAGCUUUGUCACAACAUGAAUGCAGGAAGUGGACUCGCCGUGUGAGUGCAGUUUCUACUGUUUUUUUUUUUUUUUUAAGGUUUCAUUCUAAAUCUAUAAUCCACAUCGUUUUCAAGGAUUAAAUGUUUGUUUGUUCCACAUGCCCCCCCCCCCGAAGACGAAACUGCUAUAGAAAGCAGAUAUUAAUAAACUGCUAUGGAAGAGGAACGCUGUCCCAAACUGAAAGAGCUGGAGCCGUUUCUGGUGACCCAGGCCCCACCUACUGUGUAUUACAUCCCUAAUUUCAUCACAGAGGCAGAGGAACACUACCUCUUGCAACAGGUUUAUAACGCUCCCAAACCAAAGUGGACACAACUGUCUGGCAGACGACUGCAGAACUGGGGUGGCCUGCCCCACCCCAAGGGAAUGCUCUCUGAGAAGCUCCCCGAUUGGCUGGAGAAGUACGCCGUGAAGAUUUCCUCUCUGGGGGCAUUCGCUGGGAAGACCGCCAAUCACGUCCUGGUCAACGAAUACAGACCUGGGGAGGGAAUAAUGCCCCAUGAGGACGGGCCCCUGUACUUCCCCACUGUGACCACCAUCAGUCUGGGAUCACACACCCUGCUUGAUUUCUACCGGCCUUUCAGCAAGGAGAGGGAGCAGGAAGGAGCUUCGCAGACGGAAGAGAGCCGCUUCCUCCUGUCCUUGCUGCUGGAGCCGCGCAGCCUCCUGGUCCUGCGUGACGACAUGUACAUGUGUUACCUGCACGGGAUCCGAGGCGUGACCGAGGAAACGGUGUCCGAGCGUGUGGCCAACCUGCCCACCACCAGCGUCAGCCCAGGAGAGCAGCUGACCCGGGCCACCCGCGUCUCCCUGACCAUCCGACACGUGCCCAAGACGCUCAAGAGCGCCCUCCUGCUGGGGAGAAAGAAGUGAACAGCGUCGCCAAACGGAAACAAACUAAAAGGGUGGCAGUUCCUUGGGUCACUAAUGCGGAUUCAUCAUCAUUAAGUUACCAAAUUGUAUUUCAUUAAAACAAAACAAAAGAAUUUCAAAAAACCGACUGUAUUUCGUGUGUCAGUGGCAAGCAUAGAAGCUGCAAAAAAAUUAAACUGGUAGAAAAACUACCACUGACUUUACAUUUUAUUUUUGGAUUCAACAAAAAAAAAAUAUAUAUUUUAAUAUUUUUUCAAAAAUUAAAAUGAUCUGUUCACAUUUAAACAAUUUUUUCUCCUUUUAGUACAAAGCACCUUAUCUUUUUUUAAAUAGAUUAUAUAUACACAGAAGAGAGACUGUUACAUUAAGAUAUAUUAAGUUGAGAUUUUAUAUAUAAGUAACUGCAUCGUGACACCGAUUGAUUUUUUUCGCAUUGUAUCUUUCAUUAAAAAUGAAAACUAA